AUGCCUCAAAUGGGAGUACAGUCCAUACCUGUUCAAUUGCCUACACUGCUGCCUCAAGGGACUGUAGGGCUCCUUCUGGGCCAGGGGUCACUUACUCUGCAGGGACUGAUUGUUCAUCCUGGCAUAAUUGAUAAUCAACAUACCCAAGAGAUUCAGGUCUUGUGCUCUAGCCCCAAAGGUAUAUUUUCCAUAAGUAAAGGGGGUAGGGUAGCUCAACUGCUGCUCCUUCCAAGUGCCCACCAAGAACCCAGGAGCAAGCAGAUGGGAUGUUCAUGUCAGGACGCAACCUAUUUGGUUGUUAGCUUACAAGAUAGACCGAAGCUGCUCCUACAAGUUAAUGGCAAAAGUUUUGAAGGCAUUCUAGACACCGGGGCGGAUAAGAGCAUCAUCUCUUCCUACUGGUGGCCACAGUCUUGGCCAAUCACUGAAGCCUCCCAUUCAUUACAGGGGCUGGGCUACAGUGCCCAUCCAACAAUCAGCUCUUCCGCCCUCACUUGGAAACCAGUAGAGGGGCAAGAAGGCAGAUUCACUCCCUAUGUUCUCCCACUACCCGUCAACUUAUGGGGACGGGAUGUCAUGCAUGACGUUGGACUCACUCUGUCCAACGAAUAUUCACCACAAGCAGUCCAAAUCAAGGAAAGAAUAAGGUAUAAAAGAGGAAAAGGGCUGGGGCGACAUGAACGAGGAUGUGUUGAACCUUUAACACCCAAGCUGAACCAAGGUAGACAGGGCUUGGUUUUUUCCUAA